UAUUAAUAAAGUGGUGGCAAUUUUAUUUUUAAAUGGCUUGAAUGCAAGCUGAGUGCAUAUAAAUAAGCAGCACCUUCAUGUGAUGUUAACCAAAGUGAGGUGAAGCAGUUGAACUUACAUUGUCUGUGUUGUAGCUGACGGAGGUGAGUGUGUAGGGCUUGUGGUGCACAGGCGAGCGUGUAUGCGUGUUUGGUCGCCAGCCGUCUUCACAACAAUUGGGGCAGCUUGAAAUUUAUUACUGUAAGGCUGGCAUAGACAUGGCAUCAAUAGCAGCCUCGCAUGAGCCAGGUAUAAACCCGGGCUCCAUACCGCUGGCUGAUGCUUUAGUCCCCGCUAGCAUCUUCGCUCCGGACCGGGGAGGAUGCGGGGACGAUGCCGGGGACGAGUGCUUCGAUGACGGGGACAUGAUCAACGGCGAGCCCGAGGACCGCGGGGUUGACUUCACCAACAAGCUGGCACUUGUUAGCCCAAACGGAGAGCAGUAUGACUCGUUACUUCGCCAGUUACGGGACAGGAUGGAAGAGGGGUGCGGAGAGACCAUCUAUGUGGUUGGGAUGGGCUCAGAUGGUGGUGACUGGGGUCUGGAUGAGAAGGACAUGGAGGCCUCAGUAGCCACGGUGCGCUCCAUGUGUGAGCAAGUGGAUGCUGACCUUAUUACGCUCCGGGAGCGCAAUGAGGCUGCUGGUUUGGUACGCGACUAUCUGAUCCGCAGACGUGUGGGUGAGCUGGACUUCCUGGAGGUCAGGGUUGCAGUUGUGGGUAACGUCGAUGCCGGUAAGAGCACUCUGCUGGGAGUGUUAACGCACGGAGAAUUGGACAAUGGCAGGGGCUUUGCCCGCCAGAAGCUCUUCAGACACAAACACGAGAUGGAGAGUGGGAGGACCAGCAGCGUGGGCAACGAUAUCCUGGGGUUCGACCAGGAGGGACAGGUGGUGAACAAACCAGACAGUCAUGGAGGAAGCCUGGACUGGACCAAAAUCUGUGAGAAGUCCUCCAAGGUCAUUACCUUCAUAGACCUGGCUGGACAUGAGAAAUACCUCAAGACCACUGUGUUUGGGAUGACUGGACACCUGCCUGACUUCUGCAUGCUCAUGGUGGGCAGUAAUGCUGGUAUUGUAGGGAUGACCAAAGAGCACCUGGGCCUGGCCUUAGCCUUGAAUGUGCCUGUGUUUGUAGUGGUAACCAAGAUAGACAUGUGUCCAGCCAACAUCCUGCAAGAGACAUUAAAGCUGCUCCAGAGGUUACUGAAGUCCCCUGGCUGUAGGAAGAUCCCUGUCCUGGUACAGAACAAGGAUGACGUCAUAGUCACGGCUUCAAACUUCAGUUCGGAGAGGAUGUGUCCCAUCUUUCAGAUCUCCAAUGUGACUGGAGAGAACAUGGACCUGCUCAAGAUGUUUCUCAACCUGCUCUCCUCCAGGACCUCCUAUAGAGACGACCAGCCCGCUGAGUUCCAGAUAGAUGACACCUACUCUGUACCGGGAGUUGGAACAGUCGUAUCAGGGACUACUUUACGUGGACUUAUACGUUUGAAUGAUACGAUGCUGCUGGGGCCGGACCCCUUGGGCAGCUUCAUCCCCAUCGCUGUCAAAUCAAUCCAUCGCAAAAGAAUGCCUGUGAAGGAGGUUAGAGGCGGCCAGACUGCAUCAUUUGCUCUCAAAAAGAUCAAGCGCUCGUCCAUAAGGAAAGGCAUGGUGAUGGUUUCUCCAAGGUUGUGCCCACAGGCCACUUGGGAGUUUGAGGCUGAGAUCCUGGUUCUGCAUCAUCCCACUACGAUAUCCCCCAGAUACCAGGCCAUGGUCCACUGUGGCAGCAUAAGGCAGACAGCCACCAUCUUGUCUAUGAACAGAGACUGCUUACGGACAGGGGACAAGGCUUCAGUCCACUUCCGCUUCAUCAAAACCCCCGAGUACCUGCACUGUGACCAGAGGCUGGUGUUCAGGGAGGGACGCACCAAGGCUGUGGGCACCAUCACUAAGCUGUUGCAAUCCACCAACAAUUUGCCGUCAAACUCGAAACCUCCACAAAUCAAAAUGCAGUCCACAAAGAAGGCACCGCUGCGAAAAGAGGACGGCACAACAGCAGCCGGCGAUGACGCAGCAACGAUAGCACAGACAGCGGGCCCGAACACGACACAACCGGGAGAGGGAGAGGAAGACCCUCAGAUAAAGGAGGGCAACAAAGAGAACAAGCCAAAGUCUGGGGGAGGUGGAAGGAGAAGGGGUGGCCAGAGGCACAAAGGAAAAGGCCAGAACAACAGCACCAACUCCACAGCAGCUCCCUCCUCAGCAGGAAUAGGAGGCUGCUGAACUGCCCCUCUCAUCCCUUGUGAACCUCCCUCUCUGCUAUCGCUCCACCAAGUGUCUUCAUUCCAUUAACCAUGAAGGAUGCAGACGUUCGGAGCAAGACACUCUCCUCAGUCUUAUUACUCCUUGCCUUUCUACACCAGGUCCUAUAGUUUUUAUUUUUAAAGGGAACACAAAGGGGUAUGCCUGAACCUAAAGGUGUACACCCUUCAUGCAUUUUAACGUCAGCUGCCUUUACUGUCUUGAAUGGUUUGGGUGACGGAGAGCAGUGUGGUUUUUGAGAUUAGCCUCACUCAGGAUGAUGAUUUAUUUAAUUUUAUCCAUAUUUUAUGUCUGUAUAAUACACAGUUCAGUCCUCUGGCUGGAUGUCAGUGGCAGGGAGGGAGGCUUAAACUGAAAACAAGGGUCCAUUACCAAUACGAGCAGCUAUACGUGAAACUCCCCCUCCCCAUGCAUUCCCUGUGUAUUUGCAAUGAAAAACAGUUCAUGUACUAUUUAUACUGCAUAUGUAAAUUAGCUGUUAGUUGUGCUCUGAUUGGACUGAUGCCAUUGUACAAAAAUGUAUGCAAAUCAUAAAUGAAUGUAGCAGAAGGCACAUAGUGAUUUUAAAUUCUACAUAUGGAAAAUAUAAGCUGUUGCAUUUCUUUUUUAUAAUUGUCAGUUAUUUAUUUGGCAUACAUGCAAAAGGUUCACUCUUGGAUGUCUUUUAAUCUACUCUCACCUGCACUCUUAGACUCAGUAGUAUCUAUCAUGCUUCUACCGUCAGUCAGCCAUGUUACAAACCUUAUACAAAUAGUGGUAGUACAAACAAAUACAGCACAUCAUCUCGUCACUCCAAUAGUUGCUCAUAAUUAUAAAGACAUGCAGUACUUGCAGUGCUACUUGUAACUCUAGUACCCCAUGCGUUAUGGCCUGUCGCUGUUAACAUGUUGUGACAUUUUGAACACACUUUGCCGCUGAAAAACUGACCAUUAAUAAACAGGCUUUACUGAACUUUUCAACAGUGUCUCUUUGUCUAUGUGUGCAUUUUUCUUAAAUUAUAUAUUAAACAUCUUAAAAGGAAUACUUCACUGGCAUAAUGACCAUUUGUAUAUCAGUUUCCAUGAGUUACCUUUGGAUUGAACGGGACUGUGUUUAACAGCAAAACUAUAUAAAAACAUCAAUUUACAAACUCACACAACUCGUGCAGUAUAAUCCAAGUCUCAUUCAUCCAGUCGUACGCUCAAAGGUUCCCAAACACGUGUUUUCAUCAGAAGAUUAUGAUUUAAAACACACCAGUACAGACAGUCUCAUGCACAGCCAAGUAGUGUGCUCAGGUAUGCUCAGGGCGUGCAACUCGUAUGUGGGAGUGUUUGAAAUUGUGAGGUUUUAGCAGAAAUGUAUGUCUUUGGGAAAUACUGAGCAUAUGACUGGAUAGAUGAGAUUUUGAUAACACUGCACGAGGUGUACCAGGGUUUGUAAAUGAAUGUUUUGACACAGUUUUUUCUGUUGUUAAACGUGGUCCCCAAUGACUUAGAUUCACGAAGAAUGCUUUCCUUUUUUUGGAUUCUCCGUUCAAGGUGGAGGCAUGCGUUCACUUCACAAAUUGAAAUGAACAAGCAAAUGUAACUGAUACACAAAUGGUCAUUUUACGGGUGAAAUAUUUGUAAAAAUUAUAAAAAAAAAUACUAUUUAUACUAAAUACUAUACUAUGUAUUUUAUUUGUAAGGAGUGAAGAAAAUAUCUUAAAAUAAUUUAACAAGAGAGUGGAUGGUUUGUAUUUUGUUUAUCGUGUUCUUUUUCUCCAAUAUACUGUAACUCACUUAAGCUUAAAGAGUGUUGUUGAGUAGUCUUUGUCUCAUCAGUGUCACAUUACAGAUGCAAAGCAGCAACUAUUAACCAGAUUGUCUUUGAGUAGACAGCAGAAUAUACUUGUGUAUUUCAAUUGUGAUUUUUUACAAUCAUUACAAAGUGAUUUACACAGACUACACCAGCUACCAUCAUGUAAGACCAAGUUGAUUGCGUUUCCUGCACAUGGUUACAGUUAACAAUGGAAGUCCAAAAAGAUUCUCAGCUGAAAUUACAGGACAGUUUGAAGUGUAACACCUGCAAGAUCUGAUUAGCUUGGCAGUCAUAUCCUAUACAAUGAAAUAUUUGCCAUCAGAAAAGUAUAUUUUGUGAUGCGCAGGAAAAUGUUUCACAACUUAAAUUAGCAUAUUAACCUUCUCAAGUCCUCAAUUACAGUCUACCAUUAUCAAGAAUGGUCGACAGUUUGAAUAAAUAAACAGACAAUGCUGUGUUUUGUCAUGUAUUUGCAGCUUAAAGUCAGAACUAAAGGUCAGUUUGGAAAUCAGUUACAGGUCAGAAUAUGUUGAAUCGUUUUAACUCUCCAGGGCACAUUUAGUCACAAGCAAAGUGUUUACUUUAUAUACAAAAACAUUACAAAUAUGUAACAUUUAUUUACUAUAGAUUGUAACACAAAAAGUAUUUAUCUGCGUCAUUUACAUUAUGUCAUACAAGUGCAGACUGUUUACUACCAGUGUUUAGGUAGCACACAAAGCCAUGGUCUUGUAUCACAAUUUGAAAAGGCUUUACUCGGCAUGUGCAACAUCAGUGUUUAAUGAAAUAUCUUGUGGAGUUCAUGAUAAUGAGGUAAGUAGCAUUCCUCUCAAAAAAUAAUUUGUAACUUUACAGCUCCGUUUUC